UGUAAUCUUGUAUGGUAUAGCUUCAAAGAAAGUAUAUUUUAAAGAUACAUUAUGUUCUCCAUUGUAUUAAAAAACAACUACCUUAAAAAGGAACUGAUUAAUAGGGGAAAAAAACAAUUAAUAUUGAGCGCUUCGAGAAGCACUUCUGCAAAACAAUAUCAUUAUCUUGAUGAAUAUCAAUAUCUUGAAAAAAGUAAAACUCCUACAAUGCAUUUUCAAUCUUCUCUACCACGUUUACCGAUUCCUGAAUUAAAAGAUACAUGCAGGAGAUACUUAAAUGCACAAAAACCAUUAUUGUCAAAUGAAGAAUUAAAUAAAACUGCAAUUUAUGUUGAUGAGUUUCUCACCAAAGAUGGAAUUGAAUUACACGAAGAACUGCUUAAGAUAGAUAAACAGAAUUUUCAUACCAGCUAUAUCAGUGGACCUUGGUUUGAUAUGUAUCUACGUGACCGUAAACCUAUACCCAUUAAUUACAAUCCCUUCUUGGUACUUGAACCAACAUCUGAUCCAAAUUAUAACACACAAUUAGUAAAAGCAACAAAUCUAGUUAUAUCAUCAUUGAGAUUUAUGAAAUCAUUGAAAGAGAACGUGUUAAGGCCAGAAGUAUUUUAUUUAAAUCCUGAAACUUCUAAUAACAAGCUAUAUCAUAUGGUUACAAGAUUACUGCCAUCUCAAUAUAAUUGUUAUGGAUCUUAUUUGUUUAAGGCUUAUCCACUGGAUAUGUCUCAAUAUCACCAUCUGUUUAAUACAACAAGAUUACCAAAAACAACAAAAGAUGAAAUUUAUCAAGACAUAUCUGGAAAACACAUAAUUGUAAUGAGAAACGGUCAUUUCUAUUGUUUGGAUGUAAUAGAUGAAAAUGGGUACAUUCAUGAACCAAAGACAAUAGCAGCUUGCUUGAAGUCUAUAUUGGAAAACAAAGUAACAAACAAUGAAUCUCCUACUGGAAUACUUACAACAUCAGAACGUAACAUAUGGGCUGAUACAAGAACAUAUUUGUCUCAAAUUGGUAAUCAAGAAAUUUUACAAAAAAUAGAUUCUGCUAUAUUUAUGAUGGCAUUGGAUGACAUCAAUAUUGGCACUAAUUAUAAUAAACUAAUUGAAACAUAUCUCCAUGCGGAUGGAACAAACAGGUGGUUUGAUAAAUCAUUUUCUCUAAUUGUUACACAGGAUGGAUAUGCUGGAAUAAACUUCGAGCAUUCGUGGGGAGAUGGGGUAGCUGUAUUAAGGUUUCUUAAGGAUGUAAACGAUGAUAUAACUAAACGACCAAAAUUCCAUCCUGAUGAUGUUAAUCAUCUUGAAAACGGUGCACCGAACGUUAAAAAACUUGAAUUUAUUAUCGACAAUAAAGUACAAGAUAUUAUUCGCGCAGAGAAAAAACGAUUUAAAACGUGGACUAAAGAACUUAGUAUUGAUCAUAUGAUAUUCAAUGAAUUUGGUAAAACUCAAUGUAAACAAUUUGGUGUAAGUCCAGAUGCAAUUAUGCAAUUGGCUUUCCAACUAGCUUUAUAUUAUCAAAAAAAUUGUGCAGUACCAACAUAUGAAUCAUGUAGUACAUCUGCAUUUAAACACGGUCGAACGGAAACUCUAAGGUCUUGUACAAUGGAAACUAAAACAACAUGUGAAGCCAUAGUUCGAAAAAAUAGCAAUUUGUCUAUGUUUGAACUGAAAGAGUUAAUAAUGAAUUGUAGCAAAGUACAUAAUAAACUAACUAAAGAAGCUGUUAUGGGACAAGGAUUUGAUAGACAUUUAUUUGCAUUAAAACAUAUUUCAGAGCGUUCAAAUGCUCGAAAACCAGCUAUUUUUGCGGAUCCAGCAUAUGAAAAUAUAAAUCAUAAUAUUUUGUCUACGUCUACUCUUUCAGAUCCAGCUAUAUGCGCUGGUGGAUUUGGACCAGCAGUAAAUAAUGGAUACGGAAUUGGAUACAUGAUCCAAGAUGAAAGACUGGGUGCCGUUGUGACAUGUUAUAAAAAUAAUUGUAACGUGAACGAAUAUGUAAAUUGCUUGAAGCAGGCAUUUGAAAGUAUUCAUCAAAUAAUGGUCCACAAAAAAUGACACUUUCAUGUGUAUAUACUCGAUAUACGAGUAAUAUUACAUUAAGCUCUAUGGUUAACAGUAUAUAUAUA